AUGUGGUUGUCCUCUUCAUCUAAAGCAAAGGUAGUUGUGAUCAAAUCUCAGUUGAGGAGUCUUCCAAAAUAUCAAGAAGAUCAGGAACAUCUAGAGAGGGUUUUAUCUGGAGGUAUCACCUUCCUCUCUUUUUCUUCUAUCGACACCACCGUUUCCUCGUUCUUUCAUUCUCCGGCGUUCAACAAUCCUCUGCGUUUCCUUCUUCCUCUGUUAGGUAUUUUAAAUUAUGCUAAGAUUCUUCAGUUUGGUUCACCGUCAUCAUCGAUCAAGAAAAAGAGUACAAGUCUUUCUCUUCUGAUUUCUAGAUUGUCACCUAAUAGAAGGCACCCAUCAAACGAAGAUGAUUGGUCAAGCAAUAGAUUUUUAGAGAUUGAAAAUUGAUUUUUGGGGGCAUAAGGAAAGUAAGCUUGAAUCUUAAUCAAAUGAGGAUACUUCCAAGAGGAUAUGAUGGGAUUAUCUUACUUCAUGUUGAAUCAAUCAAAAAAAGAUACUGAAUAUUGCACAAAAAACACCUUC